UCCAGUUGUGCUGUUCAACGGCACAUUGAACUUCAUGUUAAGUUCGUGCUAUCGUUGCCGUUAAAUCGCAUAUUUAUUUGUUUUAUAUUCUGUACAUAUAAACGUCAUUAUGUUUAUAUCAUUUUUGGUUAUUUUUAUAUGAUAAAAUCAGUGUCGCUAAAGUAAAUCUAAAUUUUUUAAUAGAAUCUAAUCGUGACUAAAAAAUAACUACAUACAUAGAUAUAUUUGCUUGAGCAUUCAGGAAGAAUAUUUGUGUGCUAUUUGGUCUACGCGUUUCUCACAAUUCCACAAGCCACAAAAUAAUCUCGUAAAAAAACUUGCACAUUUAAUCUUGUCAAUAAAAUACGAUAAAGUUUAUCAACAUAUAUAAAUUGGAGCAUAAAAUGGUGACAUUCAAUGAAUUCAAAUGAAAAAUAAUAUUUAUGAAUUAAAUAAAUUGAACAUAAGUAAAUGUAAUACUGAUCUGGUGCCAAUAGAUUAAAAGCUUUAAGUAAAAAAUACACCGAAAGUAAUUUUUUGUUAAUCUAAGAAAUGAUUAAAAUAAGCUUUAUAAUAAAAAAAACUGUUGAAAAUAUUGAAUCAACAGUUUGAUAAUUGAAGAAUCAUCAUUUUUUCAUAACAUGAUGAUUCGUUGAAUAAAAUUUUUAUUUAUUCAGAACUUUUCUACAUAUUUUAUACAAAAUAUAAAAACAAGUGAAUGUGAAGUUGGGAGUGAUGUUUUAUCAAUUUGCUUAUUGUCGUAAUUUAAAUUAUAAUAAUUAUAGUAAUAAUAUUAACAUUAGUGAUUACGAUAACAAUGUGCCGUUAUCAAAGUGCAUGAGUAGAGAGAAAGAAAAGAAAUUAUCCAUUAUUUGAAAUUUCAUUUAUUUACAAGAAAUAUAUGUAUUAAUAAUUAAAAAGAAAACGAUUGUGAGUGCAUUUUACUCUGAAAAUAAAUUGGUGGCAUUUUUUAUAUGAAAAUAAAUUCUGAUUGAGUUAAUAAUCAAAACAAUAAAAUGUUCAAUUUUAUGAAGAAAGCUUCUGAGAAAGAUGAAAAAGACAAACGAAAAAGAGAGAAAAAGGAAAGAAAAGAUGUCAAAAAGAGAGAUCGGGGUAGCAUGUCUACUGAAGAACUUCUUAGACUAGAUGAGGUUCGAAGAUCAUUAAAAAUUCGAGGGCGUCGUAAAGAAAAGGAAAAACUCCCCAGUGGAAUAACAGCAGAUUACAGCGCCUCCUUUUUUGCCCAGUUGGACAGAAAUCUUUUAGAAAAUUCAAGUUCAAAUACUAAUGCUAGUACAAGUUGGAAUCGUAGUGGUGAUGGAUUACUAACGCAAAGUGAUUCUUCAGAGGCAUCAUUAACAUCUUUAACUAAUGUCAGUGGUAAAACACUUCCUGCUCUGCCACCAAAGCCACCGAAGCGUGGGAUUCUAAAAGGUUCACGACUUAAUAUUUCUAAUAUAGCAACUGUCGCUGAAGGAUCUAAUGUUAUACAGAACGGAAGUGAAUGUGAAAAUAGUAAUGCUGAAGCAAGCAAUCUUCUUGUGAGAAAUACGCUCCAGAACGAAGUGAUCACUUAUCAAAAUAUCCCGAGUCAGCAUCAAGAUGAGAAGGAUGAAAUGGGUAGUGAAGAAGAGUCAUCAUCACACCAUCAUCAAUAUUAUCAUCACAACUAUAAUAAUCAAAAUCAAGGAGACACAAAAUUAUUACAAGUUAUAACGAGUGCUAGUCCAUCAGCAGAUUCUUUAACUGACACAACAAAUUCGAGCUUCGCUACUCCGCCUUUCAGUCUUUCACCUGUCGGAGAAUCUCAAGGUUUUUCACGAUGGCGAUCUUCUAACUCUUUUGAAGACCAAGGAAUUAAUUUACCUUUACCCGAUAUAGUUCCUUUAGUCUUAUCUGAGCCUCGUGAAUUAACAAUUCAAAGACAACCACCACCUAGAAAUGAUUUUGGAUUUUCUUUACGACGUGCCGUAAUUAUUGAUCGUGCCGUUAAUGGUAUGGCACACAAUAUGAAGUCCGUUAUUUUUGCCGAACCAGGUGCGAACUCACAAAACAAUAAUGAUACGGGUUUAUUACCUGGUGAUCGUCUUAUUGAAGUUAAUGGAAUUAAUGUUGAUGAUAAAUCGCGGGAAGAAAUUAUUGAUCUUAUUAAAGGAUCUGGUAGUAGUGUUACGGUUAAGGUGCAACCGGUUGCUGAAUUAUCGGAGCUAUCGCGAAGAAGUGGGUUGUUAGAUGGUAGAGAAAUGGAAUUAACACCUGCUAACAUUUGCAGUGGAACUUUAAGAAGAUCGGGUAGUUUGCGAUUACAACAAAACACUGGACGAAGUGGAGAUCAAGAUUGGCUGACUUCGGAAUAUAUUUGGUUACUCCAUCGAGGAGGAUUUACGUUAGCAACUCGAUGUGGUAAUGCAGAUCCUGAUACAGGAAAGUUACGAAUUAAACUUAUACCUAAUUCAGAGGAGCUUCUUGUCGAUGAAGAAGAUGUAGAGAAGGCUAAUCCACCACAAUUUGAUAUGGUCGAGGAGCUUUCACAAUUACGAUUCCUUAAUGAGUCUUCAAUGCUUCAUACGUUGAGACAGAGAUACGCCAACAAUCUUAUCCAUACAUAUGCUGGAGACAACAUGAUCGUGAUCAAUCCUGUCGCUCCCUUAGCAAUAUAUUCGGAAAAGGUGGUACAUAUGUUUAAAGGCUGCAAAAAUGAAGACAUGCCUCCACAUAUUUAUGCUAUGGCACAAUCCGCCUACAGAGGAAUGCUUGCUACACGUAAAGAACAUUCGUUAGUUUUUCUGGGUCGCAGUGGAGCUGGAAAGACAACAAAUUUCAAACACGCAUUGCAUUAUCUUGUCCUGGCAGCAGGAGCAGUAAAUAAAAUAUUAACAAUUGAAAAAGUGAAUGCGCUUUUCACAAUAUUAGAGGCUUUUGGAAAUAGCAGAACACAUAUUAAUUCAAAUGCAACUCGAUUUACACAAAUAUUUAGAUUAGAUUUUGAUCAGUCAGGACAAAUUGCAUCUGCAUCCCUUCAAGUACUGUUAUUAGAAAAAUCACUUAUUGGUAGACGAUACAACGGAGACUCCACAUUUCAUAUUAUCUACAGACUUCUUGCUGGAGUAGAAGGAGCUCUUCGAAGAGAAUUAAAUUUGACAAACUUAGUUACUGAAAAUAAUCCAUUCAUAAUUCCUUUACAAAAACAUGAAGAGAAACAACGUGCAAUAGCGGAAUUUAAUCGAAUCGUGGCGUCAUUUAAAGUGUUGGAAAUAUUAGAAAACGAUGUGAAAAUGAUUUGGGUUGCUUUAGCUGGAAUUUAUCAUUUGAGUUGUGCUGGUGCUGUUAAGACUGUGGUAAACUCGCAAAGCCGGUGGCAGUUUGCUAAAGUAGAGUAUGCAGAAAAAGCCGCUAAUUUAUUAGGUACAACUGUGGAAGAACUAAGUAGAAUAAUUUUUUCUCCAAAUGCUGAUGGAGUGAAUUCCAAUAAUGUAAGAGCAUCAUUGAGAACUCCAAGUCCAACAACAGAUGGAAAUAAUUUCUCAGGAUUGGAUUCUCUUGAAGGAUUCAUAAUUGGACUGUAUUCUGAAGUAUUUUAUUGUGUUAUUUCGCUCAUUAAUAAAUCCAUAUCAUCACCUGUACACACAGUAUCAUCCCUGUUGCUUUGCGAUGCGCCAGGAUUUCAGAAUCCUGCGUCAUGUGGCCUCCAAACUGGUGCAAACUUUGAAGAUCUUUGUCAUAAUUAUUUACAAGAAAGACUUCAACUUCUUUUCCAUUACACAACCUUAGAAGCUCCGAAAAAUCGGUAUAUACAAGAAGAAAUAAACAUUGAUCAUGAUAUGUGUGAUCAUGAUGAGGACUGUGUUGGUUCUCCACAAGCUCUUAUAUCUCUUCUUGAUCGUGGUGCUCAAGGAACGGCUACGAUGAUUAGAACAAGUCAGAGUGAUUUGAGUGGAAGAUUUCAGGAAGAGAAAAAAGGACUUUUAUGGCUACUUGAUGAAGAAGCUACUGCUCCAGGGGGUGGAAGUGAUGAAUCAUUUAUGGAUCGAUUAUUUGCUCUUUAUGGUGAUAGAGAUUAUCAAUUUUUGUUGAGAAAAGCACCGGGAAACAAUCAGUUCGUUCUUCAACAUCUCCAAGGUACUAAUCCAGUAUUAUAUACGGCCACAGGAUGGUUGAAAGCUACUCGAGAUAAUCCAAUUAGUAAGAUUGCGGUCAAUAUUUUACAAGAAAGCACACGAGAGGACUUGAACAGGCUAUUCGUUCAAGCUCGCAAUGGUGGAAUUUAUGGAGGAUUGGGUAACUCUAUUCCAGGCUUAGAAGGUUCACAGUCAUUACGACGGGCUUCCAGUAUUAGACGAACAUUUACUACUGCGAAAAGAAAGAGUACUUGUCUUCGAAUUAAAUUGACCGUGGAUGACUUAAUAGAAACUCUGAGAAGAACACGAAUGAAGUUUGUUCAUUGUUUACUUCCACAACAUAAUUCAGGUUGUACGGAUAAAACAUAUCUUGCAAAGUUUAAUAAAAAUGAGAGCGAUGUUAUUAAUGUUCCUUUAUUAAGAUCUCAGAUUCGUGGAGGACAAAUUCUAGAUGCGAUGCGUCUAUAUAAAGUUGGAUAUCCAAAACAUAUGCCAUUAGCUGAAUUUCGACGACGCUUUGGAUUAUUAUCCAAUGAUAUGAAUGUUCGUCCAGGAAGUCCUGUUGCUGAUGAACGUAAAGCUGUUGAGGAUAUGUUACUUUGUGUCGAUAUUGACCCUGCUUCUUACCGUAUUGGCCAAAGUCGAAUAUUUUUCAGAGCUGGUGCUUUAGAGAGGCUUGAAUCUUUAAGAGAUGAAAAAUUGACUGAUCAUAUCGUACUACUACAAGCAAGAUGCCGAGGAUAUCUAGCUCGUAAAAAACUCAAUACACUUAAGCUGCAAGAUUUGGCAGUAAGAUGUAUUCAAAGAAAUGUACGAAAAUUAAUGUCCGUUCGAGAAUGGCCUUGGUGGAGACUCUACGUUAAAGUUGCACCACUUUUGAAUGUUCAUCGAACUGAAGAUCAAUUAAAAGCUCGAACGGAAGAAUUGGAGUUGUUACGCGCGAAAGUUGAGAAAUUGGAACAGGAAAGAAAUCAUUUGAAACAUGAUAACGACAAACUAGAAGCGAAGUUAAGCGUUUUAACUGCUGAUUAUGCAGAGGAGCAUUCAACGUCAACUUUAGCUGCUGAAAGAAUAGACGCUGAAACUUCUGAACGCUUGCGUUUGGAACGUGAACUUCAAGAUGUUCAAGAGACAAAUAAAAAUCUGCAACAGACUGCAGAAAGACUGGAAAUGGAACUAUUAUAUGCCAGAGCUGCAGAUUUGAAUCAAAUUACUUCUGAUGGUGAGGAUAAUGAAGAUGGGGGUAUUUAUAAACAACGAUAUGAACAUGCAAUACGUGAGCUUGAAUUUACUAAAAGAAAAAUGGCUCAACAACAUGAAGAUGAUUUAGAACAACUUGUCGGAUUGAAAAAACAACUAGAGAAAAAGCUAGCUGAUGCGUAUGAGGAAGUUGAGGAGCAACGUCAAGUAGUAAACCAAUGGAAACGACGAGUUCAAAAACUUAAUGGUGAGAUGCAUGACCUUAGAAUUCUUUUAGAAGAGCAAACUGCAAGAAACAAUCUUUUAGAGAAGAAGCAACGGAAAUUUGAUUCAGAAACUCAAAAUCUAAUGGAUGACUUGAGGCAAGAAAAGGCCCAAAAAGAAAGAUUAAUAAGAGAAAAAGAAGUUGCAAUUGCAGAAAAGUUUACUAUUGAACAAAAUUUAAGCGAUGCACGAUUGGAAAUUGAAUUGCAAGAGGAAAGACUCAAUACAUUGAGUAAUGAACUUGAAGAAUUAACUUAUGGUGGAAAAACUGAAGAAGAAGUGAUGCAGCUAAAGAAAGCUAAACAUGAAUUGGAAAAACGAUGUAAAGACCAAGAAGAAGAGUUAGAUGAUUUAGCUGGUCAAGUUCAAUUAUUAGAACAAGCUAAAUUACGACUAGAAAUGAGUAUUGAGCAACAACGUAAAAUAAUGAAAAAAGAAAUUCAACAAAAAGACGAUGAACUUGAAGAUAUUCGUGGUAAUGCUCACAAGAAAGUCAAAGCUUUAGAGGCUCAGCUAGAAAAUGAACAUGAAGAAAGAACUAUUCUACUUCGUGAAAAACAUGAAUUAGAACGGAGAUUAGUUGCAUUUGAAGAACAAGAAAGAUCUGACCGUGCUGCAGAAGCUGAUCUUACACAAAGACUUAAACGAGACCUUAGAAGAACUAAAGCUCUUCUUCGAGAUGCUCAGACCAUGUUGGAGAGAUCUAAAAGCGAUGCAGCAACGAAGGCAGCUUUACGGCAAUUAAAAAAUCAACUAGAAGAUGCUGAGUGUGCACAAGCAGUUGCAGUUAAAGCAAAACAAGCUUUGGAACAAGAAUUAAAUGAAUUACAAGCUGCAUUUGAUGAAGUUUCUAAAGCUAAAUCAGACGCUGAAGAUCGAGCUAAUGUUGCUAACCGUGAGAGGACUGAACUUUUAUCACAAUUAGAAGAAAAUGAAGAGGAACUUGCAGAAGUAUUAAAAAAAUAUCGUGCUACAGUUCAACAGGUGUCUAAUGAACAAGCAGAACUGCAAGACGCUCAGGUGCAAAUUGCUGCGUUAGAAGCAGAAAAAUCAUCUCUUAAAGAUCAACUGUUAGAACUUAGUCAACGACUCGAGUCUGUUGAACAACUUGGAGAUCCAACAGCUACUAAUCUCGUGACUCGACGUCUUGAAUUCCGCGUUAAAGAACUCGAAAGUAAAUUAGAAUUAGAACAAACAACUAGGGCACGUCUAGAGACACAAAUUACACGUCUAAAAGAGAAUGUAGAUAAAUUGCAAACAGAGGCAGCACUAUUAAGAACUAAAGAACAAACAGCACAGGACACAGCACGAAGAUUGCAACGAUCUUUACGAGAAGUUAAGGACGAAGCUAGUUGUGCAACCGCAAGAGAACAAGAAGCAACGCGAAUUCGUAGAGAUCUUGAAAAAGCUCUUGAAGCUGCUGAAGCUGAAACUAAAUCUGUCAGGGAUGAUUUAAGACUCGCAUUACAACGAAUUGAUGAUCUUCAAAGUGCAAUACAAGGAGAACUUGAUAUGGAUGAUAGUGAGGAAGCUACUACCACUGACAAUAGCGAUAGCGACUGAUCAAAAAUUUAAUUUAACAAAAAUUUUAAUAUUUUAAGUGUACAAUACACAAAAUUGAAAACACGAACUUUGUCUAAAAUAUUAUCUCAAUUCGAGAA